CAGCAGUACUGGGUAGAUAUAAAAGAGUGCUGAGAGAGGACAAGGACACCUGCAGACUUGCACAGAGAUAGAGAGCUGAAUACAAAGAUGCUGAGACUCCAGUGUGUGUUCGUGGCCCUGGUCUUGUAUUUAAAAGGUUCCCUUUGCCAGCUCAGUGAAUGUGGCAGUGCACCUUUUAAUACCCGUAUUGUGGGUGGACAGAAUGCUUCAGCUGGGGCGUGGCCAUGGCAGGUUAGUAUACAGAGCCCUGUAUAUAAAGGUCAUUUCUGUGGAGGAUCCCUCAUCAACAAAGACUGGGUUCUGACAGCAGCCCACUGUUUCUCCAGCACUAGCAAUUCUGGCCUGACUGUGUAUUUGGGGAAACAGACUUUAAAUGGCCCUAAUCCCAAUCAAAUUUCAAGAGGUGUUAAACAGGUGAUCCUUCACCCCAACUACAACAGUGCAACCCAAAACAAUGACAUUGCCCUUCUGCUUCUGAACUCCUCCGUCACCUUCACAAACUACAUCAGACCAGUGUGUCUUGCAGGUCAAGGCAGCAGUUUUCCAACUGGAACCAGCUGCUGGAUCACAGGCUGGGGAAGCAUCGCAUCUGGAGUGCAACUUCCAUAUCCUGGUGUGCUGCAGGAGGCAAUGGUGCCCACUGUCAAUACAUAUCUUUGUGAUUUUCUACUGGGAUUUGGAUCCAUUACUACAAACAUGAUGUGUGCUGGUUAUCUCCAAGGAGGCACAGACACCUGCCAGGGGGAUUCUGGAGGUCCAUUGGUGACUAAACAGGGUGCGGUCUGGAUUCAGGCUGGUAUCACUAGCUGGGGUAGGGGCUGUGCUCAGAUGAACUCACCUGGUGUGUACACUCGGGUAUCUCAGUACCAGAACUGGAUAUCCAGCAUCAUCAACCAAAAUCUGCCUGGCUUUAUCACGACACUUGCUGACUUGCACAGAGAUAGAGAGCUGAAUACAAACAUGCUGAGAGUUCAGUGUGUGUUCGUGGCCCUGGUCUUGUAUUUAAAAGGUUCCCUUUCCCAGCUCAGUGAAUGUGGCAGUGCACCUUUUAAUACCCGUAUUGUGGGUGGACAGAAUGCUUCAGCUGGGGCGUGGCCAUGGCAGGUUAGUAUACAGAGCCCUGUAUAUAAAGGUCAUUUCUGUGGAGGAUCCCUCAUCAACAAAGACUGGGUUCUGACAGCAGCCCACUGUUUCUCCAGCACUGGCAAUUCUAGCCUGACUGUGUAUUUGGGGAAACAAACUUUAAAUGGCCCUAAUCCCAAUCAAAUUGCAAGAGGUGUUCAACAGGUGAUCCUUCACCCCAACUACAACAGUGCAACCCAAAACAAUGACAUUGCCCUUCUGCUUCUGAACUCCUCCCUCACCUUCACAAACUACAUCAGACCAGUGUGCCUUGCAGGUCAAGGCAGCAGUUUUCCAACUGGAACCAGUUGCUGGAUAACAGGCUGGGGAAGCAUCGCAUCUGGAGUGCAACUUCCAUAUCCUGGUGUGCUGCAGGAGGCAAUGGUGCCCACGGUCAAUACAUAUCUUUGUGAUUUUCUACUGGGAUUUGGAUCCAUUACUACAAACAUGAUGUGUGCUGGUUAUCUCCAAGGAGGCACAGACACCUGCCAGGGGGAUUCUGGAGGUCCAUUGGUGACUAAACAGGGUGCGGUCUGGAUUCAGGCUGGUAUCACUAGCUGGGGUAGGGGCUGUGCUCAGAUGAACUCACCUGGUGUAUACACUCGGGUAUCUCAGUACCAGAACUGGAUAUCCAGCAUCAUCAACCAAAAUCUGCCUGGCUUUAUCACGUACUAACACAGAGGGACAACAUGAGGAUGUACUGAUGGAUCAGGCAACAAGAACACAUCUUAUUUUACCAGUGUAUAUAUGUUAACUAUACAGCUCUGUAUUUAUUUAUUUUUUACAAACAUGAAUCCAAAUUAUCAAAACAUAGUCAUUGUAUGUAAGCUUUACUGUAAUAAAAAUGACUGUAGUGAUAAUCAUUUGUAUGUACUACAUGUACAAGAUAUUACAUAUUUUGUAAUGUUUGUAACCAUUUUUAAUGUUUUAUUUAAUAUUCACACAAUUAAAGAGUAUUU